AAUAGAAAACGUCUCUCUUUCUUCCCCACGUUCUCCAUCGUGCUCCCGUUCUCCAUAUACCAAAACCCUCUCUCUCUCUCUCCAGGUUUGAUUUCUCCCCGGUUCUCCCUCUGUGCAGUCCUCGUCUUCCAAGCUGUUGGUCCUUUCACUGAUCAUCCGUACGAGAUAUCUUGGGUUCGUGCGAUAGGUACUCGAAGGAGUUGGCCACCGUAACGAUCGGCAGUCGAAGGAGUUGUCUACGACAACAAUCGAACAACUGUUUUAGUAGGCAGCAGCGAACGCAGAGAGAGAGAGAGAGAGAUGCAGCACAGGAAACCAGCAGUUGGUAAUGGAAGACCAUCGGGAACGGACGGCUCUGAUUUCUCCUACCGCAUGGUCGUCGACUCCAGGUAUACAAAGGUAGCCAAAGGAAAGUCUCGUCUCUCUGCCCUCAUCUUCACUCAGGCUAUUGUACAAUUGGUAGGAGUGGUGAGCUUAUUGCUAUCAAUACCAAAGGGGGAGGGUCCUGACACACUUGCUAUUUCGUCCACAGCAAUCAGCUUUCUCUCUUUCUUAGUGGGAGAAUUAGGCCGAAGGCGUAGCAGAGUGAACUUUUUGAGGUUUUACAUGUUCGCCUCAUCUAUAGCAGUAACGAUUUCAAUUGCUCGUGUUGGUAGCAGUAAUUUCUUGGCUGAGGUUAUCCGAGAUCAAAGUCGGUGGGAAACAAAAAAGUUUGAACUGUUCAAUAUAGCAGGUGUUCUUCUUGGUCUACUGUUACAAAUUUUUACGGUCAGUACAACGAUUUCUCUUAUUCAUAAUAUGUCUCCUCCCAAGAGAGCUUCUUGAUGGCUUUUUGUAACUUCUGCUUCCUCAGCAUGUCGCAAUGGCUUCUUCCUACCACAGUUCUUCUGCCUUGCGUACUAGCAGGGAGCUAUUGACAGAUUAUUAUUUGGAUUCUUCUGCCAUCUACGAAAUUUUGGGCUUUACUUUCAAAGAUUGGUAUGGCCGACUUGUGUUUCACCCGCCUUGCUCAGACCCACAAUUUCCAGCACCAAAGCCUUUCUUUAGUGGUAACGUACUUGAUAUGGCUGUAUACUAGUCUCAAAUGACUCGCAUGUUUCCUCGCUACAAAUUCUCGCCCUUUAGAGAGAUUCUUGAUGGCUUUUUGUAACUUCUACUUUUUUGGCAUGUCUCAAUGGGUACACUGCUCUCUUUUACUUCUGUUUUCAGAUUUUCUUCAUUUGUUCAGCUCCUAUUUUGCAACACAAGUUCUGGGUAUCAAGUACUUCAAUGAAAGUUUCUUUGGUUAUCUUUAUGAGACCUUUUUAAAGAAGCAUGAUUCUUUUCAGUAAUUUAUGUUUGUCUCGGAAGAAAAUUUUCGGUGAUUCUGGUUUAGAUAUGGUUUCAGCCCGAGGGAUUCUUCUCGCUAUUAUGUGUUCAACUUCUAAUUUCUUGAUGUUUCAGGAUAUGAACUAGUGAACCAUCUAUGAUUUUUGAGCAAACCAAAUCAUCCCAAUAUUAUAUCAAACCCAGCCAAAACAUACACAAUACAAUAAGGGGACACUAUCGGUUCCAAAAUAUAAAACUAACAAAAGAAAAUUAAAACAAAAAACAGAAAGAAAAACAGGAAAAACAGAAAAAAAAGAAAAAAAAAAAAAAAAACCCGCAGGGAAUCACGACGCCAGAGCCGGACCCGUUGAACACACUCGUGAGGAUGGGUUGGAGAAGCCGAAAUUGAGAGGCCAGGUAAGAACACGGAGCAAGCCCUCCUGGAUGACCUGCCGCUCCAACUCGAACUCUUCCCGCCGCAAACUGGAGGCAGAAACCGCUGCAGACGCCGUCUUCGUCACUGGUACUUUGAUUCCAAGAUCUAAAAUUCCAGAUCUGGUUUCUGAGUUCAAAAAUGAAGGAGAGAGUGGGAAAUCUCAAUUCUCAAAGGAGAGAAUCUCAACUACCUCACAAUCUUGAGCCGGACGAGCAGAGAAGGAGAGGAGAGAGGCUGGAGAUGGGGGAUUGAGUCGUGAGGAGGAAGGAAGUGGGUGGGGAGGGGCCGAGAGAAGGAAGGAGGCGGGGAAGGGGGGUGGGGAGGGGAGGGGAGGACCCACCCCAACUCUCUCUACCUUGCGUUCUCUGGACGCCUGAACAGUGAUCCAAUAAUACACAACCAUCUAUGAUUUAUGCAGAUGGAAAUUGCGAUUUUCAGAGAUAUUGUUAACUCGUCAAUUUAUCUUACAAAAUAAUCAUCCCGAUCCAUAUUUACCACUGAAACCAAACACCCACUUCUUAAAUUGAUCAGGACUGUAGAAACACCAUGUACACACUAACACUGGUAGUUUCUCGAGCUGGGCCUUGGGUAGCAGCCAACAAUUAUUGACCAAAUCCAAGGCAUUGAUAGUCAAAUGCGCGAUAUUCACAAUCGGUUCCCUCACUAGGUUCUUGACUUUGCUGCUGACCGCUUUCGGAAAAGCCUUCAGUGUGAGUGUCCUCGUUCGUCAUGGCGGCGCUGACCUAGGUCUGGAUGUUGUUCAUCGUCAGAUCGAAAAUGGAGCCCUUGAGUUGACUCAUCUCCCCCAUAGAUCUCCUCAACUAGUCCACUGAGUCGCUCAGCUCCUCGAAGCAGUGGCAUGACGGCUACUUCUCUGGGGCUCAGGCCGUGGCUUUGCGACAACUUUGUCAUCAUCGCAGAAGUGGAUUGAGUGUUUUGAGUGUCUCAGAGAGGCGGUGUGAACUAGAAGCUGAGGGCUAAAGCGGUCGCACCUCGAACUAUAGCUCAUGACCGGCUCUGGUUGCAGAUAACUUCCAUGGAACCCUUUUCCAGAAACAAAAACCAAGGGAUCACCAACUAAAAUGGGAACCCCUAAUCUUGCCCUUAUAAAAAUACAUAUUACUACUUAAUAACUCUAUGCUGUCCAAUAAAAGUAUGCAACAUAAAAUUAAUCAAUCACAUCUGCUAUUGGCCAUCACCCCGUCAAAAAAAAUUCACAUCAUUAUUUACUGAAACAACAAUGAAAUGCCAACAUGAUUGUUCACUUGAACAACAAUGGAAACCAACAAGCUAAUUUCCCCAAUCAAUAUGUUAUCGCUACGACCAAACACCUGGAUCUUUUCUCGUAAGUGAUCGAUGAAUCUUAUCACUUAUGAGUUUCUUUCGAAUAAUCCAUAUACUGGGAAUUACAAGAUGAACGAUUCGACACACACUUACACUUGGAUUGGACCCUGCAACCGUAAAUUGAGGGCUGGAGAGAAUCCCGGUUCGACACACAACUAAGCAUUAUACUAUAAUCAUGUACGCAACUAGCACUAGUGAUUUCCCGAGCUGGGCCUAGCCACGGGUAGAAGCCAAAUUGUUAACCAAAGCCAAGGCAUUGCUAGUCAAAUGUGCGGUAUUCACAACCUGUCCCCUCAGGACGUUUUUCACAUCGCCGCAGUUGAUUCGACUCCCAUAAUUACAGUUGACCGGUUUGAUGAUCGCCUUACUUUCGGAAAAUCCUUGAGUGCACGUGUCCUCGUUCGUCAUGGCGGCGCUGACCCAAGUCUGUAUGUCGUUCAUCGUGAGAUCGAAAUUCGAGCCCUGGAGUCGGCUCAUUUCCCCCAGAGAGUUCCUCAGCUGGUCCACCGAGUCGCCCAGCACCUCCACGCAGUCGUGCAUGGCGGCCACCUCUCCGGGGCUCAGGUUGCGGCUCUGCAAGAGCUUUGUCGCCAUUGCGUAAGUGGAUUGAGUGUUGUUGAGCGUCACCGAGAGGGCAGUGUGGGUUAGAAGCAGAGGGCUUGUUUGGAUGACGCUGGCGUGGGUUGCAAGUGUGGUGUAGCAAAGUUUGGGGUAAGUCGUUGAACUGCAUGAUGUUUUGAUGAACUCGAUGUUGUUCGUUCCUCUGGCCACCACCGGCCGGGCAGCCGAGGUUGAGGUAAUGUAUGUGGUAAAUGUGACAAGAAUGAGAAGAGGAAUGAGAAAAUGAUUAGAGCAUGAACCUGCCAUCUCUCUCUCUCUCUCUCUCUCUCUCUCUAGUUCUCGACAGACUCUGAGGGUGAAGAAUGGUAU